UUCAUUGUCCCAGCAGCUGUGUCUCAAAAGAGCAUUGAUGGUGGUGCUGGAGGCGACGAUGCCGGCGGUGAAAAUGAUGAAAAUUACGAUCCUCAUUAUGACCCCAUUAUAGAGUUGCCAAAUGAAAUCGUCGUCACAACAGGCGAAGAAGAAGAAACUAAAAUUUUUGGAGAACGAGCAACACUCUACAGAUAUGAUGCCACAAACAAGGAAUGGAAAGAAAGAGGUGUUGGCGAAUUAAAACUUUUAAUGCAUCCCGUUAAGCAAUCCUAUCGUUUGGUAAUGCGCCGCGAGCAAAUACAUAAAUUAGUACUCAAUCAUGCCAUCACCGGUGACUUUCACUUUGCGAAUAUGAAUAAUAAUCCGAAGAGUUUUGUUUGGGCCACCAUGAAUUAUGCCGAAUCGACAGAAGGAGAAUUGGAGAAGCUGGCAGUACGCUUCAAAAAAGUUGAAUUGGCAGAAAAUUUCAGUGCUAAACUAAAGGAGUGCAUAGAUAAAUGUAAACAACGUGAAACGGGUGAAAAAUAGGAAAAAUAGUGAAUUUUAGUGUCAUUAAAAGAUUCUAUUCAGAAGCUAUUCUGAUUGUUAGCACACACACACACUAACGAUGGCAUGGUGUAUUAAUAAUAUUUUCUGUAGCCCGAUAUCGGAUUUUUGCUAUGCGGCGGCAAGAAUGAACUUUGUAUUUAGUCGAUACAUGUUAAUUUUUUUUUUGAAUAAGUUUAAUUUAAUUUGUAUCCAUUUGUAGUUUUUAUUAUUAAUAUAAGACUUGUCGAUUGUUUACUGGCCAAGAAGAAUAUUGUCCACAAAUUUAUGUUCCAAAAAUGUUGUAUCAAUAAUCUUCUCAUUCAUCAUCUUAUUUGUAUGUUUUGGAAUACGGAAUAUGUUAGUUUUAGAAAUCCCCUGUUGAAAUUCAAAUUUAUGUUAUACAUAACAACUGCAAAUACCAAUAAAAACCAGAAGAAAAGAAAAUAAUAA